UCAUUUAGGAGCCUGCCUGUCUGCCUCGACUGAAGUCAGAUGUUGUAGAGUAGUUUAGAUCCAAGCUUCACCUUGUCAUCUGGACUCUGUAUGUUGGAAGAUGAUGCUUUCUACGGACACUCUCUAAGGACCAUCUCUAGACACACCUCACACACAAACGUACACGCUACCCCACACAUACUCACACACGCGUGUUGUAGAUGAGCGUCAAUUGGCGUUCGGAUCAGUCACAGUGUUUGUGAUUGGCUGGAGCAAGCUGGGAUGUCAUCGCCGAUGUUGCUGUUGCCUCUGCUGCUGUUUCUCGGGUUAAGGGUCGUCAACGCAGCUGCAGAGACACGGAGACCAUGCAGUGACCUGCUUCCCCUGGACCUUCUGUCCCGUGUUCUCUCCAGGGCAGGGGAGGGGGCGAGAGGGGUAACAGGAGGGAGGGUGCAUCUGAUCCAGUCUGGGGGUGUGAUGGGUGUCCGUCUGUCCCGUCCUCACCCUUCCCUGGACUUCCCGUCCUCCCAGCACCUCGUCAACUGUCACCUCUUCCCCAGAGAGUUCUCCAUCGUCACCACCCUGAAGGUCAGCCUCGUCGCCCCUAAGAAAAACGAGUACAUAUUUUCUGUGGUGGAGGAAAAGGAAGAAGAGGACGCAAGGAUUGGAAAGAGGAAGGGGGAGACACAGGGAGGAACUGAUGGAGAUUGGUACAGAGAGAAGGAUGGAGAACGAGGAGGGAGGGAUGAUGAGAGUGAUGAAGAGCGGGAUGGAGAGACAGAUGGAGGGGGAGAAAGACUAAUGGACGGAGAGAAGAGGAAGGGAAGUAGAGAUGGAGAGAACAGCAACAGUCAAGGACGGCUUCUGAUUGGCCUGCGGUUCUCCAGAGACAGACUCCACUUCCUGUUCAGAGGUCGCAGCGGGGGGGUCAUGGCGCGCUGGGUUUUCCGAGGCAUCGAAUUGGCUGAUGAUCGCUGGCACACGUUGGUUUUAGCAUUUAGUGGACACUACGCUACUCUCACUGUGGACUGCAACACACACCUGGAACUCAGGGUUCACUCCAAGUCGUUGCCCUCUGACCUUAGUGUUCAGGGUUCCAGAUUCCACAUCGGCAGCCGAGGGAGAUGGAAUGGCCUGUUCUCAGGUCUGAUCAGACAGCUGGUCCUGGUGCCAGGCUCUGAUGCCACCCCUCGUGUCUGCCCAUCCUCCAACCCCGGGCUGGCAGAGCUGUUUGUGCCUGCGGUACUGCUAGACCUACCACAAAAAGAGACUAGGAGUGACCUCACGCUGCCUUCAUAUGAGUCAGAGGUGCGGGUGUCUGUGGGGCUGGAGAAGUCCUGUUCCAGUUUAGUAAGAGGACAGCUGUGGUUCAACCCCAUCAGGAGAGCUCUCUACCUCUGUGAUGGUACACUCUGGGUCCCCAUGCUGCAAGAGUCCCAGAGACUAGACUAUGUCUUGGAGCAGCAGGUCCUCUCCACCAGUUCAGAGACGUAUGAUAUUGAGGUGUUCAGUGUACAAGGGCUGGGUUUGAUGGCAGCAAUGGCCCACCGCUCCCCCUCCCUGGGCUCUGCAGUCUACCUCUGGAGAGAUGGAGGCUUUCACCUUUACCAGAAGAUCAGCACACAUGGAGCUCUCUCCUGGAGACACUUUACGAUGGGGAAGAAGAUAUUCCUGGUGGUGUCCAACUCCAGGGAGAGCACAGGGAAGGAGGAGACAGUGGAGAAAGAUGAACUGUCAGUGAUCUACAGGUGGAAUAAAAAGACACAGAGGUUUGUUCAUUACCAGGCGCUCCAGACACACUGUGCACGGGACUGGGAGGCCUUCCGCAUCCAAGGACACACCUACCUCGCCGUGGCCAACCACAGACAAGGUAAUACCAACCACACCAUAGACAGUGUGGUCUACAAGUGGGACCGUGGUACGCAGCUGUUUGUACCACACCAGGCCCUGCGGACCUCUGGGGCUUACGACUGGGAGGCCUUCACGGUCGGACCUUACCACUUCCUGGCUGUGGCGAAUGCGUUUGACGGACAGACCACUCACGUUGACUCGGUCAUCUAUGUCUGGGUGGAUGGAAGUUUCCGCUUGUUUCAGACCAUUAAGACGUUCUGUGCCACAGACUGGGAGAUGUUCCAGAUCGGCAGCAGGGUCUUCCUGGUGGUUGCUAACGGACACCAACUCCAUGGCAAUGGCCCCGGUCGCUAUGCCAUCAACUCGACCAUCUACGAGCUGGACAUGAGCUCUCAGCUGUUCCUGCGUUUUCAGGACAUAGUCACAUACAGUGCUGUUGACUGGGAGUUCUUCACAGUAGGAGAGGAGAGUUACCUGGUUGUUGCAAACUCCUUUGAUGGAGAGUCUCACUCUCUGAACAGCAUUAUCUACAGGUGGCAGGGAUACGAGGGGUUUGUUCCCAUUCACCGGCUUCCCACCAUCGGAUGCAGCGACUGGGAAUUCUUUACUUCCGGAGAGGAUUCCUAUCUGAUCUACUCCAGCGCCACAGCACCUCUCUCCAAAGUCUUCCGUCUGAAAACACACUGACACGUGACACAAUGUCAUAUCAGGGACAACAUGGAGAAACAUACAAAAUGAAAUCUCAACUGAUGUAAUAAUGAAUGUUACAUUAUGUUGUUGUACUUGGGCCACAUUUGCAGAGAAAGAGAGUGUAUUAGUAGGUACACAUUUUUGUGUAUAAGUACUGUAUAUAACUUUAACAUUAGUCAUAUUUGUUGCCUAUAAUUUUGUGAAAAUUAUUUAUUGAGGUUAUACAAAUGUGUAAAAAAAAUACAUUAUGUUUCAUUUGUGUCUUACUGCAAAUUCUACCGCUUAUUUAUUUUUUAUUUCACCUUUAUUUAACCAGGUAGGCUAGUUGAGAACAAGUUCUCAUUUGCAACUGCGACCUGGCCAAGAUAAAGCAUAGCAGUGUGAACAGACAACACAGAGUUACACAUGGAGUAAACAAAUAACAAGUCAAUAACACAGUAGAAAAAAAAGAAGAAAGGGGAGUCUAUAUACAUUGUGUGCAAAAAUAUUGGAAGAAAAAAAAAGAAUUAUGUAAGAAUAUUGUUUCAGAAUGAUUUUAUGAAAUCUAUAUUUUAGAGGGUCCCAUACUAGAGGAGCAGUGAAUGGAAACUGUAGAGUUCCACAGCUUUUGCCCAAUCUGCAUUUUCUGUAAAAGCUGUUCACCACUUCAACCAACGUCCAGAAACCUUAAAGAGAUACUUCAGGAUUUUGGCAAUUUUUGUAUUUAUUUAACCUAGCCCUUUAUCGACGUCAGAUAAACUCAUGGAUACCAUUUUUUUGUCUCUGCGUGCAGUUGAAAGAAGUUGCUAACUCGCGUUAGCGCAAUUACUGGUAGUCUAUGGUAACUGCUAGCAUGCUAUUAGAUACCAUAGACUUCCAGUCAUUGCAGUAAUGCUAGUUAGCAUUGGCUCGCAAAACUACUUCUAACUACUGGAUACAGAGUGAAAGAGAGUAAUCCGGCUCCAGGUAUUUUACUGGUUUGUGACUCACUGACACCGUCCCCGGUUAGAGGGGAAUAAAGGUGCCUAAGAGUUAACACACAGGAACUUUAAACACACUGAGGAAGAUGAACAUGGGGAUGAAAAGUGGGAAAGGUAGUGGAAUGGUACUAGUUAUGUUGAAGGAAAUGAAAGGCAAUGAAUAUACUGUACAUACGAUAACACAAGAGCAUAAUAACAGUAAUAAAGGUGUGUAUAAAUGGCAUAUAAUCCCUGAACAUGUUUACAGAUUACAAGCUAUACAUAAUGCAACAACAACAACUAACUAUUAAGAACAAUAUAUACAUGUCA